UGGAGUUUGUUUGUUCAUUUUGAUUUUGUCUUGUCAAUUGAAUCAAAAUGGCACUCUGGAGCAAAGUUACAAAUUGCGAUUUAGAUUGUGAGACUGUUUCUUUUGGUACAAGGCAGUUUGCUCAAGCAAAUGGAGCUUUAUACGAGUGUUCAACACUGGCUGUUAUUACUCCUGACUCAGAGGAAGCGAAAACACCACACAUUAAAUCUAUUUGUUGUGAUUCUUUCAUUUACUUGGCAAUUGAUAAUUCAUUCACUAUUUUAUCGGGCGAAUCCUGUGUACAUGAAAGAUCUGAUAUAUAUGAGGCUCCAAUUGACUGUUUCUCUGUAAAUAAAGCAAUGAAAAUGAUAAUAUUAUGUUUCCAAAAUGGACAGAUAUUUGGUUUAGAUGUUCAAGAUCAUGCAUUACUAUUCGAAGUGGUGCUUGAACAUGAAGGUACAUAUGAAGGAAAAGCUUUCAUAACUAUUGUAGAAGAACAUGAAUAUUGUGUUAUUAUAGCAAGUUCUGGAGCUGCAUACAGAUUAUCCAAAGACUUUGAUACAUCAGUAGAAUCUAAUCAUACAAAAUUUUCAUUUGAGGCAGUAAAUGAUAUUAAAUUAAAUAUUCCUUAUCCUGUCGCUGCAGUUCCUGGUGAAAAUAAUUACUCGUAUGUUUUUGGAGGUCAAAGAAUCGAAAUUGCCAAUUAUGAUGAUGUCUUUUCUGUACCCAUGUUGAAUAGUAAAAUUAAGAAAAUGGCCACUGUUGAUGGAUUUAGCAAUAUUUUUUGCCUGCUGAGUGAUGGCACAUUGAACACAUUAUGCUACUAUUCAUUAUACAUGUCACCAAGAAAAUUAGAUUAUUUUGUGGAUGAUUUUGUAAUCAUUAAAACUCCUGAUACUGAUACAUGCAAUUUAUUAAUGUCAUGUGAUAAUAACAAACGUCUUAUGCUCGCAGAAUAUCCAAGCAUGAAGGAAAUAUAUAGCAUACACGUAAAAAAUAAAAUAGAAUUAAUAGAUUUUAUUGAUAUACCAAUGGACAUCAAAUUUAUUGAGUAUGUGGGCGAUAGCAUCAAUUGCCCAGAAAUUCGUAUCAGGGCUUUAGUUGAAACACAUCCUGAACUUCGUGUUCAAAGGCUUAUUACUCGAGGUAGAUUUGAUGAAGCUGAAACACUUGUAAAACAAUUCAAAUUGAGCAUGGAUGAAAUUAACAAAGCUAAAGCAACUCUGGAAUUAAAGAAAUAUUGGGAAUCUGUUAGUAAUAUAUCAGAUGAAACUUUUGAUAAGUUGAUAAGUCUUCUGGAUUCUAUCAAAGAUAAUUCUUGUAUUGCCGAUUGGUGUUUACAAGCUCUGCACAAUGAAGUUUGUGAUACAAAAUCUAUGAAGAAGUUACUGCAUUAUGUUAUAAAUCGUAUCAAAGAUCAUUUCGAACUGGAGAACUAUUCAAAACGUUUUCAAGAUACAUUGUUGAGGUUGGAAACAUAUAAUCUAUUAUCUUUGCGCAUGAAUAUACCAUGGGCUCAAUUCCGACACAAGAAUUAUACGCAGUUGUAUCUAAGUCUGUUGGACAGUGAGGAUUGUAUGUCUGCGGCUGCUAUAUUUGCCAGACAUUUUGACUCAAUUUGUGAAGAUAUGACUUCUAAUACUGUGCAAAUUUUUCUGCAAAAAAUUCCUAAUAUUGAUCCAACACAUAUGUUACCCUGCUUGCGGCAUUUUAUACCAAAAUUUGUGCAAAGAAUACCAUCUGCUUUGCAACAAAUUGUGGACUGGGUUAAAAGAAAAACUUUGUCAUUUGAGGGGUGCUAUAAGUCUUUGUGGCCUGAUAUUGGAAGAGACUUUUGUGAAGCUAUUCUGGAAAUACUACACAUGGUUGACCAGGAUUCAAAUCAUCCUACAGUAGCGGACUCUAUACUGGAUGAUUUAUUAACCUUAAACAAGUCUUUGGAGGAACUCAUUAUUCUUAAAGAGCAAUUUAGCAUAAAUUGUUCUUCAGGAAGAUAUAUGAAGAAUGACUUUACAGAUGUUGCAUUAAUUUUAAUGAAACAAGUACCAACAAAUCACAUUGAGACAUUCUUGAAAGACUUUUUGAUUCCUCGACUUUGUAUAAGGAACAUUGACUUGAAUGAUUUAUUAAACAAGCAUAUAUCGGAUUGCUUAAAAAAGCGAGAUAAAGAUCAGCAGUGGGAAUCAAAAAUGUGUAGUUUUGCCCUGCACAUAACAGAUGAACUUGUUGCAAUGCAAUGUAUUCUGAAAAUAUUAAAGAGUGCUAAGUUGCCCUGGAGUGCAAUCAUUAUGGAUUUAUAUGAACGUGGAGCAUCUUCCCAGCAUCCAUUAUCUAGUGAAAUUAGAGGUGCUCAUCAAUUAACUGCCUUAAGAUUUAUUGAAAAUAAAUAUUGUUUCGAAGAAUGUGCUGACGAAGAUGAUUUAUUGUUGCUGGUGGAGAGAAUUCUUUAUGUUAAUGAAUUAGAAGCUAUGAAGGAUAUUCACAAGGUUAUUGGUGCUCAACCUGAGAUGGAAAGUUGUAUAUACAGAACUGCCUUAUGCCAUUACAUACAUCAAGGAAAUUUUGAAAAAUGCAUCAAUAUAAUAUAUAAUUUGGCAGAUAUUGAUAGCAGAACUGGACUAUGCCUAUAUGUGAUUCAAAUGUGUGAGAUUAUCUUGCAAACUAAGAAACCAUUGAAUAAACCAGAACUAUCAUUCUUUGAAUUUUUGAAUUUCGUUAAGCAGGAAAGCUUAUGCGUCAAUGAGAAAAACUUAAAUAAAAUUGAAGUAUUUGAAAAAAUUGUCAAACUUAAGACAAAAUAUGAUAUACAUUUUAAUUAUGGUGAUUAUUAUCAUUAUCGAAGUGGGUUUGAAGAAGUUUUAAAUGAAUUGAUUCCGAAAAUCAUAAACAAUUAUCAAGGUUUUGAUGAGAUAUUUGCAAGUCUUCAGGAAAUUGCUUAUCUCUGUGAUAUCAAACUAGAAGUCGUUUUGAUUGAACUAUGUAAACAAACAUUGAAUUUGGGAUUGAUACUGCAUUGCAUUGGAAAGCUACUAGUUACACAAACUAUUUAUAACUCAACUGAUAAUAAGCGUGAGAAAUUUGUAGUUUUAGCGGCUCAUCUAGUUAACAUUUAUGGCAGAGAAGAUAUAAAUAUGCAAAUUUUCUUUUAG